UAAAUAGAGCUUUAGCCUUCACCAUUAUUUUCUCAACAGCAAUUGGUUUUAUCUUUUCUCUCUCUCUCUCUCUCAUCGAUUAGCAAAAUACGAGUCGAAGGCAAAAGAAAAAAAAAUAAGAACAGAAGUUAGGGUUCCCUCCUCCGUCUCACGCUUCGAUUUCGAUUUGAUUUGGCGCCACAAAGAAGGCUCCGUACGCGUGAAUCUGAAACCUAACCGUAGGUUCGAUUAGUCCUGUCCGAAUUUGAUUACUCCUGUCUGCUUUCUUGUCCGUUAUUCGAUUCGAUCUGAGAGAGAAGGAAAAGAAAAAAGAAAAAGAGAUGUCGCGUUAUUUCACAACUCCACCACCUGUGUAUGCGAGGAACUGGGGAAACGGUCAGAACUUGGUCGAAUCGACUAAGAUCGAAAGACAAAUAGUCUCUGAAAAGGUGCAUCGGAAAGAGAAGAAGGAGAAAAAGAAAGAUAAGAAACCAAAGAAAGAGAAGAAAUCCCCUAAACUAGAGUAUAUCUCAGCCAAGCAAGUCUCAGAUGAUUCUAAGCAAGUCUCAGAUGAGUCUGAACAACUUGAGAAGAGUUGUUUGACAGAAGAACAUGUUGGUUAUUUGUCUGAUGGUAGUCAGAACAGUAAGAAGAGAAGAAGAGAAACUUCUCCUGCUGUUGUUGAGAGUCAAAUUAAAGCUACGCCUGUAGCUGGUAAACCGCUAAGGAUACGGUUUGUUUUUAAAAAACCAAAAGAAGUUGAGGUUGUACAUCAAGAGGAUCGUCUUUGCUCAACUUCAGGGGCUGAGAGACCCAGCGAGAUACCAAGUUCUGUCUCUCUUCCAAAGACCUGCGACCAUGAUGUGAAUCUGCUCUCUACCUCACUUCAGAGCAACAAGAUUACAGUUCCUUCUGAAUCAAAGAAGAGAAAGAAACAUAAGCCAAGCAAAGAAUCUCGGUACAAUUCUUUGUUUGAUGGAUGGGUUCCUCCUUGUCCUCCUUGUCUUUCAUUGGAGGAAGAUGUUAGCAGCAGCGAUGAAUGGCUUUUUGGUACAAGGCGGCAAGAUAACACUUCCUCGACCAAAGCUUCUAUUAAAAAUAGUGAAGACAUGAACAUGAACUUGCAGACCUCUGGAGAUUCUUCCUCUUUUCCUAGAGCUCGGUUUUUGUCUGAUGUCGGAAUUUUUUCAUUACCAUACACAGUCCCGUUUUAGUUCCCAUAUUGUUUUGUUCUUUCUCAGCUUAGCCUUAGGCUGUAGCUUGUACAUACUGAUUGUAACCAUCACAGUGAUCUAUGUAAUACUUGAAGAUCAAUUUCUGCAACUGGAAGCUUUUGGUUAA